UCAGCGGCGCGGGCUCCGCGGUCUCGCGUGACCGCGGGCGCUGCCUCCGGGCCUCCAAACAGCAGCAACGGCAGAGGCAGGCGGGCGAGGUCAAGAUGGUGGCUCCGCGGGCGGGGGAGGUGUUGGAGGGAGGAGGAGCCAGACCUUAGCCGACCGGAAACACCGACACCCAGAGGCCUCCCGGGAGCCGCCGCCGCUGCCUCAGCCGCCGCCGCCUCCGCCGCCUGCUCCAGCUCGAGAGACGCGAGCGGGCGGCGGGGCGGGCCGUGAGGGAGCAGAGGAGGGAGGGCGGGGGCGGAGUCGCCCGCCUUAGCCCCCGCCCCUGGCCGCGGUCCCGGGCCCUGCCCCGCGCGGCCGUGCCCUGCUCGCCCAGCCCCGGUGUGGCAGCGGCUCAUGGCGGCGGUGGGGCCCCCGCAGCAGCAGGUGCGGAUGGCCCAUCAGCAGGUCUGGGCGGCGCUCGAGGUGGCGCUCCGGGUGCCCUGCCUCUACAUCAUCGACGCCAUCUUCAACUCCUACUACGAUUCCAGCCAAAGCCGGUUCUGCAUCGGGCUCCAGAUCGUCCUCCGGCUCCUUGGUAUAUUUGUAUCCAGUAUUGUUCUGAUCUUGUCACAACGAUCACUUUUCAAGUUUUACAUGUACAGUUCAGCCUUUCUCUUAGCUGCAACUUCAGUGUUGGUAAAUUAUUAUGCUUCUUUGCACAUUGACUUCUAUGGUGCCUACAACACAUCAGCUUUUGGAAUUGAGCUACUCCCUCGAAAAGGGCCCUCGCUGUGGAUGGCACUCAUCGUUCUACAGCUGACCUUAGGGAUUGGAUACAUCACACUACUACAGAUUCAUUCCAUCUACUCACAGUUAAUUAUUUUGGAUCUCUUGGUUCCUGUAAUAGGCUUAAUCACAGAGCUGCCAUUACACAUCCGAGAGACUUUAGUUUUUACUUCUUCUUUGAUUCUCACAUUAAACACAGUGCUCGUCUUGGCAGUGAAACUUAAGUGGUUUUAUUAUUCUACACGGUAUGUUUAUCUUUUAGUGAGGCACAUGUAUCGAAUUUACGGAUUACAGUUAUUAAUGGAGGACACGUGGAAGAGGAUUCGUUUCCCAGAUAUCCUGAGAGUCUUUUGGCUAACAAGAAUUACAGCUCAGGCUACAGUGUUGAUGUACAUUUUAAGGAUGGCAAAUGAAACGGAUUCCUUCUUUAUUUCUUGGGAUGAUUUCUGGGACCUCAUUUGCAAUCUUAUAAUUAGUGGAUGUGAUUCUACACUAACUGUACUGGGCAUGAGUGCUGUAAUUUCCUCAAUAGCCCAUUACUUGGGCCUUGGAAUAUUGGCCUUUAUUGGAUCAACUGAAGAAGAUGACCGGCGGCUUGGCUUUGUAGCGCCUGUUCUCUUUUUUAUUUUGGCUCUUCAGACUGGUUUAAGUGGGCUGAGACCAGAAGAGAGACUUAUUCGCUUAAGUAGAAACAUGUGCCUUUUAUUAACUGCAGUCCUGCAUUUCAUCCAUGGAAUGACAGACCCUGUAUUAAUGUCUCUCAGUGCCUCUCAUGUGUCCUCUUUCCGUAGACAUUUUCCUGUGCUCUUUGUCUCUGCUUGCCUGUUUAUUCUUCCUGUUUUACUCAGUUACGUUCUUUGGCAUCACUAUGCACUAAAUACAUGGUUGUUCGCAGUGACGGCCUUUUGCGUGGAACUCUGCUUAAAAGUAAUAGUUUCUCUCACUGUGUAUACAUUAUUCAUGAUUGAUGGCUACUAUAAUGUCCUUUGGGAAAAGCUUGAUGAUUAUGUCUACUAUGUUCGUUCAACAGGCAAUAUUAUUGAAUUUAUAUUUGGAGUAGUAAUGUUUGGAAAUGGGGCUUACACUAUGAUGUUUGAGUCAGGAAGUAAAAUUCGGGCUUGUAUGAUGUGUCUACAUGCAUAUUUUAACAUCUACUUACAAGCAAAAAAUGGCUGGAAGACAUUCAUGAAUCGCAGGACUGCUGUUAAGAAAAUUAAUUCACUUCCUGAAAUAAAAGGGAGCCGCUUACAAGAGAUAGACGAUGUGUGUGCAAUCUGCUAUCAUGAGUUCACAACAUCUGCUCGCAUCACACCGUGUAAUCAUUAUUUCCACGCACUUUGCCUUCGGAAAUGGCUGUACAUCCAAGAUACCUGCCCAAUGUGCCAUCAGAAAGUGUACAUUGAAGAUGAUAUUAAGGAUAAUUCAAAUAUCUCUAACAACAACGGAUUUAUUGCACCCAACGAAAAUCCAGAGGAAGCUGUAAGAGAAGCUGCUGCUGAAUCUGACAGGGAAUUGAACGAAGAGGACAGUACAGACUGUGAUGAUGAUGCUCAAAGAGAAAGAAAUGGAGUGAUUCAGCACACGGGCCCAGCAGCUGAAGAACUUAAUGAUGAUACUGAUUAAAAUAGCAUUUACUAAUCAUUGAGGUUGUUUAAAAUUCAGUUCAUCCAAAAUGGAGUAAUACGCUUCACUUCAGUGUGUAACCAAGCACAAAAACAGUAUCCAUGUUCAAUCUGUGAAUGGUUUUCCGUUUACUGUGAUGUGCUACUGUAAAUAUACCUCUUUAAUUACUUCUGGUCUCUUUGGUGACCUAUUUAAAUUUGUGUACAUUAUUGUACAUAGAAUAAAAUGUUUUCACGUUUUUAUGACAAAAUUUGAACAAAUAGCUUUUUAAUAGAUGUAAUAAUACAGUGCGUCAACUGUGCCAAAGAUUCCUCAAUGAAAGCAUAUAAAAGUAUCUAACUCUGGACCGUAGUUUUUCUUUAAAAUGGGUGGGAAAAUGAAAAUGCAGGUUAAAGGAAACCACAUUAAGCCAAGGAAAUAAUUUGGACCAGAGGAUAAAAGCUAUAUGUAGAGUAUUUUAAAACGAAGGGGAAAACAGGCUUCCAGAAGAGAGGCUUUUUUGAAAUUUGAAUGUAGUGGUUGAGCUGGGUUCAAAAGUCAUGAUUCAGAGACUGUGUAAGAGUUGAGAAACAGGCUUUUAUCAACUAAACUUUGGUAUAAAAACCAGAAUGUGCUGUUUAAUUUUGAUGUAAAUAAAACAAGUAUAUUUGUUGGCCAUUCUGUUUACAGCGUUGACAUAAAAUUGUCCUUUCAGACUUUUGAAGAGAUUACAAAAUGAAAUAUUUGGGAGUUUUCAUUGUUGUAAACUAAGACCUUAACGGAUACCAAAAUUCUGAUCUGACUUGAUGAAUAAAAAUGAGGGGAGGACAGUAUGUAGUAAUAUGGAGUACCUCUUCAGACUACUUCCAGAGACUUCCUUUAUUCAAUCUUUCAGUAAGUUUUACCAUGAAAUUUUACAUACAUGAUGGGAAAUGGAAAGAACAUACCAAUUACAUGUCAGGAAAAAAUAAUUUAAUGGUGUUGUUAUAUAGUGUAUUGGCUAAUUCCAAUGGAUCCUGCUCUCUUACUGCUGACAUUAUCUCCAGUAUUUGACUAAAAGAAAACAAAACAAAAUGGUUAAUUUCCAAGUAUAUGCUCAGUUUUAAAGGUAUGCGUUUCCACAUAAAGGAAACCACUGUUCUAGCACUUUUAACAUAGUAAGUUUUACAGGUACAAGGUUUUUGGCACUAUGAACAGAAAAGUUUAACUGUUAUAUUUAAAAUAAUUUGAGACAAAUUUCUGGGGCAGCCUUGCAUAUAACUAGAACCAAGGUCCAGGUUCAAAUAAAUUUGAAAACCAGCCCCUAUUAUGUCAACCACAACUAACGGAACUAACCCAGUGAAGAGAGUUCUUUUAAACUGUGGGUCAUUAUGGAUUCAUUAAUGGGUCAUGAUGAGCUUUCAGAAAAUUGUAAGAAAAGGAAAAGUACGUUGCACUUAGUAAGGGAAGUACGGUUUCAUUUCUGUUGGGGGUUUAUAUAUGUACAUGGGUGCUGAGUCAUACGGUCUGCGGUAUUGCGGGUACGGCAAAGUCUGAAAGCUAUUGCUAAGAGAUUUAGUUCCAGAAGCAGCAGGAAUUUGCUGCAGCAUGAUCAGCACAAUGACAGCAAAGUGAGAAGUUAUUUAUUUAGAACAGUGUAUGGUUAUUGGGGUGGGGGGAGGAGAGAGGCUUUCUCUUCCUGUACUUACUCCCUGCAAGAGCGAGACUAGCCCAGGUGUCAGAUCUUUCAUUUUCUGUUCCUCGAAUAAUCAGUAGUACUGUUCUCUAGCAAUACUAUAGAUAGGUUUUUAUACAUGAAUUAGAAAGAUCUGAAGUCCAAAGUGAACAUUUAAGUAUUCGUUAAGAUUUUUCUCCCUGGUGAGUUUCUUAAAAAUGAACACACAUAAAGGAAUUAGGGAUUAACUGGAAUCUUUUAAUUAUAUAAUUGUAAUGCAACAGCCACACUUAUUAAUAUAGACUAAAUUUUUAUCUGAGUCAAAAUGUGCUAAAAGCAAAUACAUUAGCAUUUAAAUGGACACUAAAGGCCCAGUUCUCUUAGUAAACUACAGAAUUCUCUUAACUAUUCAGCUAGAACUUACCUGCAUAAUACUGUGUGAAAUCCGUAUGAUUCCUGCCACCCAUCUCCCUUUCAGUCCUUUUUCUAUGCUGAUACGUUACAGCUUAAAAAAAAAGAAAAA